UGUACAAGAAGAAAUGAUGAUACUUUCUUUGCCUAUCGACCACAUGCAAUUAGAGCGGUAUGCCCCCUGUUUGUGGACACGAUAUACUAGCAUAGAACUCUGUGGCGACGCCUAAAUUCAUUAUACGGACCAUUACGGGAGUGGAUAGAAGAUAAAUCAGCAUUAUGGUUGUUUCAUCUGUCUUAACGCCGGAGGUACUGAGCCAGUUCCGUUCGAAAUUUUAUGCUGAUCCCCGAAACGUACAAGCACAAAAUGUUUGUACAAAAACAAAUCCUAUCGAGGCUUGUAUAUCAAGAAAAGUUUUGGAAGAAACUCAACAUGUUUUCACUCAUAAAAUUGAUACCGAAGGCAAACCUAUGACGAAUCAGAAAAAUUCCGGACGAUGUUGGAUAUUCGCAACUCUAAAUGUUAUUAGAACUGCUUUUAUGAAGCAAUACAAUUUGGAUGAAUUUGAAUUUAGCCAAGCUUAUCUUUUCUUCUGGGAUAAGGUAGAAAGAUGCAAUUACUUUUUGCAUAAUAUUGUUAAAACCGCAAAACGUGGCGAAUCGGUGGAAGGAAGAUUAGUAUCAUUUUUAUUGCAUGAUCCCACUUGCGAUGGAGGUCAAUGGGAUAUGAUAGUAAAUCUCAUAAAUCGUCAUGGUCUUGUCCCGAAACCAUGUUUUCCAGAAUCAUACAGUUGCGAAGCUAGUGUUCGCAUGAACAGUCUGUUGAAGAGUAAACUUAGAGAGUAUUCUAAAGUUCUAAGAGGUUUAGUUGCUAAUGGUGCUUCUGAUAAAGAAUUAGAAGACCAAAUAAUGAAACAGAUGAUUGUAAUUUAUAGAAUAAUUGGCAUUUGCGUUGGUAUUCCAUCGGAAACAAUAACAUGGGAAUAUUACGAUAAAUCCAAAAAUUAUAGUUGCAUCGGACCAAUAACGCCUAUCGAAUUUUAUGAAAAAUAUGUUAAACCAUAUUAUAAUGUCGAUGAUAAAGUAUGUCUUGUCACUGAUCCAAGACCAUCCAAUCCUUAUGGAAAACUUUAUACAGUAGAUUGUUUAGGAAACGUUGUGGAUGGAAGAUCAACACUUUAUAAUAAUCAACCACCAGAGUUAUUAAUGAAAUUAUGUGCAGAAAGUAUAAAACAAAAUGAGCCGGUAUGGUUCGGAUGCGACGUCAACAAACGAUUAAUAGGCAAACAGGGUAUUCAUGAUAUUAAAGCCUAUGACUUUGAAUUGAUGUUUGGAACUGAUGUACAGAUAGGACUUUCAAAGGCGGAUAGAUUACUUUAUGGAGAUUCUAUGAUGAUACACGCGAUGGCGUUUACAGCUGUAUCUAUCGAUAAUGAAAAUAAAAUUAAAAAGUUCAGAGUAGAAAAUUCAUGGGGAGAAGAUCACGGUCAGAAAGGUUACCACGUUUUAACAGCCGAAUGGUUCUCAGAGUUUGUCUUUGAAGCUGUUGUAGAUAAAAAAUUUGUACCUGCUGACGUGUUAGCCGUAUUCGAGCAGGAACCUGUUACAUUACCGGCAUGGGAUCCAAUGGGUACUCUUGCUCAGUGAUGAACAAUAGUCCUUGUGAAAGAAGUGAUCUAAGAACAGUAAAAAUA